AUGAUUGAAUUGUCAACUAGUCCAAAAGCUCGUUUAAUGGCAUUAUUAGAAUAUUCACGGCCAAUUGGCACUGAUAAACGUAAAAGAGCAUUUGUUGUUAAUAAAAAGAUUGAAGUAGAUUCAGAAACAGAACGUAUGCGGAAAGAACAACAAGCAAAUGCUGUUAGAGAAGAAAGAAAAAUGAUUUUGAAAAGAAAAAUGAAGGAUGCAAUGAAUAGAGAAGGGCGUAAAAGCGGAAUGAGACCGGCGACUUCUUAUUUGAUACCUCCGAACACUGCAGGAAGGAAAGAUAUGUGA